UCGAAGACACCUUCUUCGGUCGCCGUGUUUCGAAUUUAACAUCAAUAACCCGUUGUACCUCGGUAGUGAACGUGUUGGUGGCUUGUGUAGUAAGACACAAACAUCUUAUAAAGUGCCAUAGUGAAGGUAUUUCAGAGGCGGUUUGAACGAGAUGCCAACAGAUUCUCGGCGGUGUUUCACACCGAUCCUUUUCUUAGCCUAUCUAUUUGGAUUGGCAAAUGGAAUUCAAUACUCUCAGUUAGAUCUUCAAGGACUCAACGAUGGUGAAUGUGCUUUAUUAUUGGAGGGACCUGGAAGAUCCAGUCAAUUUGAUUACACAUAUAACUUAUUGAGAGGGAACCCGCUAACGUACAACGGUCCUCAAACGUGUAUUACAUAUGACGCCGUUAAUGCAGCCUAUUUAGAUGCAAGGAAACGAAUACAUGUCUCUCAACCUCAUGGUGAUUACAAACCAGAAGAUGUAGCAACAGUUGGUGAACUACUUUUAGACGUUUCCGUAAACUUAGCACGAACUUAUGGGUUAUCUUACGAAGAAAUCGAAAAAGCUCUUCCAUUAAUAGACACAAGUAAAACGUUAAUCCGGGAAGUGUGCCCACCAUAUUUAUCGAACGUAGAAUGUCGCCCGGGAAAGUAUCGAAGAUAUGAUGGUCUUUGUACUAAUCUUCAACACCCAACAUGGGGAGCCACAAAUACACCGUUUACGAGGUUAAUAGGUCCAUUAUUUUCUGAUGGGAUGUCAGCACCAAGAAUAAGUGUAACCGGAAAUAAUCUUCCAUUAUCUCGAGUAGUUUCAAGGACAAUGCAUCCGGAUGAAGGUUUCCACGAUCACGCUGGAACCGUAAUGAUCAUAGCUUGGGGGCAAUUCAUGGAUCAUGAUUAUACUUUAACCGGGACUCCUUUAGAUCCCAUCAAUAGAAACGAUCCCGAAGAAUGUUGCGAUCGUCCACCUCAUUUAAAACAUCCGUAUUGCGACGAAAUUUACAUCCCUGAAGAUGACUAUUUUUACAAACUCUUUAAAUUUAAGUGUAUGAAUUUCGUACGUUCAUUCCCGGCUCCACGCCCGGGAUGUCGAUUGGGUUCCAGAGUUCCUUUUAACACAUUAACUGGGGUUUUGGAUGGAAACACCGUUUAUGGAGUUACAGAAAAAUUCGCCAGAAAAUUACGAUCCGGAGUUGGCGGGGAAUUAAGAAUGAAUCCCGCUUUCUCUGAGUACGGAUUAAAAGAUAUUCUUCCUUUGAAGCUUGAUAUUCCCGAUGAGGGAUGUACUCGAGCUAAUAGCAGCCAAUUUUGUUUUGAAGCCGGCGAAAUUCGCGUUAACGAACAACUAGUUCUUACUUGUAUGCAUACUUUAAUGGCUAGAGAACAUAAUAGAGUUGCAAGAGGAUUAGCUGAGGUUAACCCGCAUUGGGAUGAUGAAACUCUUUUCCAAGAAGCUAGAAGAAUUAAUAUUGCUAUAAUCCAACAUAUUACUUACAACGAGUUCUUACCGAUACUUUUAGGUAAAGAUGUUAUGCAGAAAUUUGGAUUACUUCUUGAAAAAAAUGGUUAUUAUCAUGGUUAUGACCCUAGUGUUAAUCCUAACGUAAUAGAUGCUUUUGCCGCCGCUGCAUAUCGUUUUGGACAUUCUUUAUUACCAACAGCUGUUGAGAGAUGGAGUAAAGCUCAUAAAUUUAUUGCUUCAAAAAGAUUGUCAGAUUUAAUUAGGAGACCUUUCGAUUUAUACCGAGCAGGAGUUUUCGAUGAAUACUUAAUGGGAUUAAUGAACCAAGUAGCCCAAGCUAUGGAUGAUUCGAUUACUCAAGAAGUAACGAACCAUCUCUUUAAAAAAGUAGGGGCAAGGCACGGAAUGGAUCUGGUCAGUUUUAACAUGCAAAGAGGUCGCGAGUUUGGUAUCCCCGGCUACAUGGAAUUUAGAAAAUUCUGUGGGCUUCCCGCUAGCGAUCAUUUCGAAGGACUUUUCGGGUCAAUGCCUAACGAAACUGUUGCUAGAUACGCAUCAAUUUUCGAACAUCCAAAUGAUGUUGAUUUAUGGUCCGGGGGAGUUUCAGAACGCCCUCUUCCCGGUUGUAUGUUAGGACCAACUUUCGCGUGUGUCAUAGCAACCCAAUUUAGUUAUUCAAGGAGAGGAGAUCGAUUUUGGUACGAAAACGCCAACCAACCAUCUUCAUUUACACCCGAACAGUUAGAAGAAAUUCGCAAAGUUCGAUUGGCACGAAUUAUUUGUGACAAUACCGAUUUAAUCGAUACAAUUCAAUUAUAUCCUUUCGUAUUACCCGAUCAUGAAAUAAAUCCAAGAGUACCUUGUAGAAGUGGGGUGAUACCAUCCAUGGACUUAAGUAAAUGGGCAGAAUAUCCUUCGGAGCACAAUUUUAAUCACUUUAAUUAUGAUCCUUCAUUAGGAAAAUAACUAAAAAAAGAGAAAAUAAAACUUUAAAAACCUUUUUAAACAAUGCCAUCAAAGACCAAUAAGCCUGAACUUAUUUCAUAGUAUUUUUACUUACUUUAAAAUCAUCCGAAAAGCCUGAUAAACGAAAACUACCUCUGCAAAUUAUAGACAGAGACAUUUGUUACAAAUUCACGUUACAAAGCACUUAAUAUUGUAUUAAGAAUUCCAUUCUAAUUCCUUUAAUUUAUUUACAACUAAAAAAUAUCUUGUAAAUAUUAUCUUUAACACCACAUAGAGAUGAGAACUCGAAUUGUCUUCAUACACUAUUUCGUUUUAUGUGUAAAUAAUUGUUAGUUUUUUUGUACUUUGAAGGAAAAAAAUAAAAAUAUUUAUUAAAAA